CCCGUGUCAACGCUUAGAACUUACAAGUAGUCGUCGCUCGCAUCGAUCGCGCUGCAUCAGCUACGCACCCACCGAGAUUAGCGGAGCAAAUCGCCGAGAUUAUAUCGAGCAGCAAGGAUCGAUCUGAUGAAGCUCGCGGUCGCCUGCGGGCUCGUGCUUUCUUCUCUCCUCGCCGUCUCGUCGACGGCGGAGCAAUUUGAUUUCUUCUACUUCGUGCAGCAGUGGCCGGGGUCCUUCUGCGACACGUGGAGGGGGUGCUGCUUCCCGGACACCGGCAAGCCGGCGGCGGACUUCGGCAUCCACGGUCUGUGGCCCAACUACGCCCAGUGCCAUGGCGGCGACGACGACGCCAGCUUCUUCUCCAUCGUGGGGCGGCGGGGCAAGUGCUGGCCGGAGUACUGCGAGCGCGAGGACGGCAACGCGCUGAGCCCGUGGGAGAUCCGGGACCUGGUGGCGUCCCUGGGCCGGAACUGGCCGACGCUGUCGUGCAGGAGCGGGGACAGCUUCGAGUUCUGGAGCUACGAGUGGAAGAAGCACGGCACGUGCUCCAACCUCCGGCCGCACGACUACUUCGCGCGCGCGCUCGCGCUCAAGGAGGCGCACAACCUCACCGCCAUCCUCGCCGCCGCCGGCAUCGUGCCGUCGGACACCGAGACGUACUCCCUGAGCAGCGUCAGCGACGCGAUCGCCGCGGCGACCGGGGCCACGGCGAACCUGCAGUGCAACCGCGACAAGGACGGCCAGACGCAGCUGUACCAGGUGUUCCAGUGCGUGGACCGGGAGGCGAAGAAGCUCAUCGACUGCCCGCUGCACAUGCGCAGCAGGUGCUCCGGCGACAGGGUCAAGCUGCCCCUCUUCUGAUCGCAUCUCCCACGAUGGUGGCCCGCAGGCGGCACUACUACGGCGGCCAUGGCGCGGCGGCAUCUGAUCGGCAUUUGUGUUGUUGUGCCAUUCUUCCAGCUCGAUUUCUUAACCAGUACUACUGCUCUUGAUCAGGUGAAUAAGAGAAGUGAGUAUCUCUCACGCCGAUUGGAUUUGAUUUGA